GUCCUGGUUUACUCAGACCCAUAAGUUAACUGAAGUUGAACGACCGGUCAGUCGGUCACCGUCGCAAUUCACCCGGCCGGCAGCAGGGUGGCGGCGCCAUGUCUGCGCUGAUUAAGAGGUCCUCCGCUAUCUUCAGCUGCAAAUUCAAUUUCUUCCACACCGCAACCUUCACAGCAUCGCUCAUCAACGACACUGGUCUCUACGGCUACAGUCACCUGAAAACCGCCAAAGGAUUUCAACGCUUCGCUGAUGAUGCUAUCGAGAGGUCUAAGGAACUUCUGAGUGACAUUGCUGCUAUGCCGCCUGCUCCCGAAAUUAUUCGAACAUUAGAUGAAAUAUCUGAUACAGUAUGUUCUGUAAUCGAUGCGGCCGAACUAUGUAGACAUACACAUCCAGACAGGGAAUUCGUUGAGGAAGCAAGCCAGGCAUCUUCAAGACUUAAUGACUUUUUACAUUACCUUAAUUCAAAUCACAGCAUAUAUAAGGCAGUUUUAAAAGCAGAAAAAGAAGGAAUUUCACUUACCAAUGAAGGUAAAAGGGCAGCUCGCUUUCUACGAAAUGAUUUGGAGAAUGGCGGCAUUCAUCUCCCCCCUGAAAAACUGGAUCGAGUGAAUCGGCUUAGUACAGAGAUUGUUCAGUUGUGUAGACAGUUUAGUACAAAUAUUGUCACUGACCCUGGUCAUGUGGAUAUAUAUCCAGCAUCACGGGUUUCUAAACCUUGGCGCCACCUUGUCAAGCCUAUCUAUGGUGUGCCAAAGGAUACAUCAAAGGAAUCCGUAUGGUCUAGAGGCCAAAUGAAGGAAAAGGGGUUCAGGUUGGUAACCUCUCCAAACAGUUUGCAGCAUGUACUUCAAUGUGUAUCAGAUGAUGAGGAGCAAAUGGCAGCUCCUGGAGGCCUUUUAUUUGGUGGUCUUGUUGUAAGCACCUACCAAGUGCACAAAUUCUGGACCUAAGCCUAUCUUGAAAUGUAUUAUGCUUUCGGGUAUGGUUGAGAAAGGAAUCGAGAAAGGUACCACCUUGUGAAAUAGAGAAUGGAAUCAAAUUUGCAAUGACUCGAUCUUGUUGUUAUCUUUAGGAAAGAGAUACUAUCUGUUUAAUAUGAACACAUUUGGAAAAGGAAGAGUUGGCUUAGAACCUUGGUCCAAGGGACAACUGCAUUGAAGGCUGUAAAUUUGUUUUAAUUUUUUCUUUUCACCACCAAAGUUAGGCACAUUCAGUUUUUUGUCCCUUUUAUCUUCAUAAGUCAUAUUUGUUCUCUCUCUCUCACACACACACAUGUAAUGAUAAAUCCCAAAAACAAGUGAAGUAGAAGAAACUUGUGAAGGAAGAAGAAUCUUUGGGGCAAGAAGAGAUUCUGCUUCACUAUGUCAUUUUCAGCUGGCUUCAACGUCAAUUUAUGCAAAGGAAAAACAUAAACUUAUGAUGACAAGUCGACAACUUUAGUGGGUAUGUGCAUAUCUUUAUAACUCCUUAUUCAUAGUUCAACUCAUGAAUAAUAGGGUAAUAGGACACAUAAGUGAUGCAGCAACAAGCCAACAGCAAUGUCAAACAAAACAACUUAACAAUAAAACACUUAAACUAAUUGUUUUGGGCCAUCCACAUGAAUUGAAUUAAUGUUUCAUUGGCACUUGAACUACUUUGGGUGAACAGCAAGGAAAUGAUGUUACCGUAUGAAUGGAUCACUUGAUUGUGACAUGAUGGGUUCGUCCUAAAGGGCUUUGUCAAAAGUGUUUUUUUACAAAGAGGUUAAUCCCAGUGUGGUUAUUAUCAAUUUAUCAUUGUAAUCAUGUUGUCUUCUCUUGGGAUGUUUUGGGUAUGGAAUCGUGUUUUCUGGUUAUUCAUCGUCAUUACAAGUUGAAUGAUACAAAUGGUUGAUUCAAUGGCAUCGAGGUUGUCCUCCUCGGUUGCCAUUUAGAAUUUGCUUUAAUGCCACUGGAAGGCUGGAUGAGCCACCAGUAGCAUGCUAGUUGGAAUACAUAAUAAAUAUGACUUCAACCUGGACAACUUACUAAUACGUGGGUGAAUUGAGAAUAUUACAUUUAUUGUCUUAUUGUUAUGCUAUUAUUUUGAACAUUAUUGUUGUUGUACAACGUAAGUUGUAAUGUAGUUGUCGUAUUAGGACAACUAAAAGUUUAUUUGUAGUUUAAGCUAUGACUAAGGAGUUGUUUGGAUGUGCAUUUGCUCUGCUAGAAAUAUUGUCAUAGAUUUAGUUCUCUCCUUUGUUUUUUUUUUUUUGGAUGAAAUUAGUUCUCUCCUUUGUAUACAUUGGAAUGGUAGCCCACUGAAAGUGACAUGAUGGAGUAGAAUUAUCUCCUGCCGCAAAGCUUCUUCUUCUAUCUCAGAUUUCUUCUUCCAUAUAGAAAUACUCCCAUAGUGAUAUCAACAAGAAUCCCAUGACAUGAAUCUCGUCGUUUGGAUCAACUCGCCUCCAAAAUGAAUGCCUGAUUUGAUCAAACCAUUGCCUCAUGAACACAGAAACCUAACUCCACAAACACAACCAUAGACGUGAACCCUAUCAUUCAUGAAGAACCCAUUCACAACAAUUUUAAACUAACGACCUUAGGCGUUUCAUCCAAAAUUUUGAAAAGACACUGUCAGAUAGAUCCACCAAGCGCAACAGUAGUUACAAUGAAUUUGGAAGUCUUGGCAUGACAAUGGCACAAAUAGAUGAUCAAAUGCAAGUGAUACGUUGGCAUGGUAGAUCUUUGGAGGCCUUAUUUCGUCCCAAUUAGACCACUAUCGUUGGGGCGUAUUGAGAAGCUAAGAGCAAACCAAAUUGAUUAUCUAUCAGACUCAUUCUUAACUGCAUGCUUCUUAGCCAGUCUUCGGGAUGAAAUUGAAAUGUAAUGGAAAGCUUCUCCUCUAUGGUCUUCUUCCCUGGAAUUUGUCACACUCUCUCUGGAAGUCUUCCCCUCCCCUUUCAAUAUAUUCCUGGGUUUUAUCAUAUGUAAUCUUCAAUCCUCUUCAGUUUUCCCUGAGCACACCGUAACUAGUGGGAGCUGGGAUGGUGACAUUGUUUAUUAUUUCAUCAAUCUUGUCAAUUGUUGAACUCUUUAUAGGUUAGGAAGAUGGCAUAUAUCAAGGGAAAUUCUGCCCCACGUGCAAAUAUUGUGAUUCUUGACAAGCUUAUUGAUGCUCGCCAUGAAUUUUCUCAGAUUCUAGGUUAUAAUUCCUAUUCUGCAUUUGCUCUACAUUCAUCUAUGGCUGCAUCCCCAGAAGUUGUAUUUUCCUUUCUGCUAGAGAUGAGCAAACUAGUUAGAGCCAAGGCUGAUAAGGAAUUCAGAGCAAUCAAGGAAUUUAAGAGAGUCAAGAGUUGUGAAAAGGGUGGAGACUUAGAGCCAUGGGAUGAGGGGUACUACACAUGGUUGAUGAAGUCUUCAGCAUACAACAUGAAUUCCUUGGCUGUGACGUCAUAUUUUCCUUUAGCACGCUGUAUUGAGGGCUUAAAGAUUUUGGUUGAGUCACUGUUUGGCAUUACUUUUCGGCAUAUACCUUUAGCCCCUUGUGAAUCAUGGCAUCCAGAUGUGAUCAAAACAUUACUACAUCAUCCUGAUGAGGGUGAAUUGGGUUACUUAUACCUAGAUUUGAAGUCAAGAAAGGGUAAAGAUCCUAUUUGUGCCCAUUUUGCCAUCAGAGGAGGACGUCGGAUUUCUGAGACAGAGUACCAACUUCCUAUUGUUGCUCUUGUUUGUGAUUUCUCUGGUUCAAGGUCAACAUCAGUGAUGCUUAAUCAAAAUGAAGUAGAAACACUUUUUCAUGAAUUUGGGCAUGCUCUUCAUUCAUUACUUUCAAGAACGGACUAUCAACAUUUUUCAGGGACUAGAUCUGUAAUUGAUUUUGCUGAAACACCUUCAACUCUUUUUGAGCACUUUGCAAUGGAUUAUCGUGUUCUAAGCAAAUUCGCUAAGCACUACUCGACUGGUGAUGCCAUACCAAAAGAAUUGGUGAAAUCGAUGGUUGGAGCAAAAAACAUGUUUUCUGCAACAGAAUUGCAGCGUCAGAUAUUCUAUGCCUUAGUUGAUCAAACACUUUUCGGAGACCAACUCUCCUCAGGAAGAGAUACAAUGUCCAUUGUCGCUGAUCUUAAAAGGCAACACACAAGUUGGAAGCACGUGGAGGGAACACAUUGGCACACCCGAUUUAAUCAUUUCACAAACUAUGGUGCAGGUUACUAUAGCUACUUGUAUGCGAAAUGCUUUUCGGCAACCAUAUGGGAAAAUAUAUGCAAAGAGGAUCCACUCUCAGCUGCAACUGGUUCAGCUCUCAGGGAGAAGUUACUGCGGCAUGGAGGAGCGAAAGAUCCUACUGAUAUAUUGAACGAUCUUGUUGGUGGAAAUGGUAUUACCAAGACUUCAGGCGAGGGUGUGAUACCUGAUGUUACCUGCUUCUCCAACUUGCUGGAGUUGGAGCUAUAGAAGUGGCAAGUCACCCCUUGCUCUAAUGAUGCAGAAGAAUCUUGAGCAUAUGGAAUCUCAUGUCCAUUCUCUACUUAGUUGCCUUCCCCGUCCGCGUCUGGUGUUGCCCUUUCCCUUUUUUCCCCUGUAGUAAGAUGCCCUGAUGCCUAUUGGGAUUUUGUAUUUUUGGUAUAAAAAAAUAACUGCUGUACUUUUAUCUAUAGCAUAUAGGUAUUUUGUUUCAAAACUAGUAAUUAUAAUUUGUUUUAUAGAAUGAUCAAUUUACUCUAAAUUAAUUUCAUUAGAGUAAGACUCUAAUUUAGUAUAGAGGUAAGAUUGUGUACAUUCGACCCCCUUACCUCACCGAAUGUGGGAGCCCUCAUGGCACUGGAGUAAUGAUG